CUCUCUCUUUUGAGUUCUUUGGCUUUUUCAUUUGCCUUGUCGUCUUGAUUCCUUUUUUCAUUUUGGACAAGUGAAAAUUAAAUAUGGAGAAUAUGGGAAGCCAAACAAAUAUUUCUUUUGGUGAAAAUUACACAAACGAGGUCGAAACACUUACAAAUACUUCUAUCAAAGGGAUUCUUGGCUUGUUGAUGGACAGCAUUGAUGUAUGUGAAGGUAAGAGGGAAGUGAUCUCAUUAGGAAUAGGAGACCCAACAGCUCAUUCUUGCUUUCACACAACUGAUGCUGCUAAGGAAGCUGUUGUUGAGAGCCUUCUUCUUGACAAGUUCAAUGGCUAUGCUCCUACUAGUGGUCUUCCCACUGCUAGAAAGGCAAUUGCAAAGUACUUGUCCAGAGAUCUUCCAUAUGAUUUAUCACCAGAAGAUGUAUAUGUUACUGCUGGUUGCACACAAGCUAUAGAAAUAGCAGUGUCUAUUCUUGCAAAACCUAAUUCUAAUAUUUUGCUACCAAGACCUGGCUUCCCAACAUAUGCACUUUGUGCUGCUUUUAGAAAUGUUGAAAUAAGGUACUAUGAUCUUGUCCCUGAUAAAAAUUGGCAAGUUGAUUUGAAGGCAGUUGAAGAUUUGGCUGACCAAAAUACUGUUGCAAUUGUCGUUAUAAAUCCUGGAAAUCCUUGUGGGAAUGUCUAUUCCUACGAGCAUUUGGAAAAGAUAGCAGAAACAGCAAAGAGAGUGAAAACACUAAUCAUAGCAGAUGAAGUUUACGGACACCUGGCUUUUGGAGAAAAUCCUUUCAUAUCAAUGGGAUUAUUUAGUUCAAUAGCACCAAUAUUAACUCUAGGUUCUUUGUCUAAGAGAUGGUUAAUUCCUGGUUGGAGACUUGGUUGGUUUGUCAUUAACGAUCCUAAUAGCAUCUUCAAAUCCCCAAAGAUUGUUGAACGUAUUAAGAAGUAUUGCGACAUAGGUGGAGGUCCUGCAACUUUCAUACAGGCAGCAGUCCCAAAAAUUAUUGAAAGCACGAAAGAGGAUUUCUUCAGGAAUACACUCAAAAUGCUUAAGAAGAAUUCAGAUAUAUGUUAUGAAAAGAUAUUGGAUAUUCCAUGCAUCAGUUGCCCUUACAAAUCACAAGGAUCAAUGGUUGUUAUGGUGAAGCUCGAUUCAGCCCUUCUCCAAGAUAUAAGUGACGAUGUUGACUUCUGCUUUAAACUUGCCAAGGAGGAAUCUGUCAUUUUGCUUCCUGGAACUGCUGUGGGAUUGAAGAAUUGGCUCCGAGUCACAUUUGCAGUUGACCCAUCUUUUCUCGAAGAAGGAUUAAAAAGGCUAAAAUCUUUUUGCAUCGGGCAUUCUAACCUCAAACUAAUAAACUAAUUUAGGACUAACCGAUUUAUGGGGCGGUUGGAGUAUCCGGGG